AAAACACCCAAGCACAACCAAGACUCAAAUGAGCAAAUCAGUCUGUUUUCUGACGCCAUGGUUUCUUGUCUUCUUCAGCUGCUACUGAUCCUAUGGCCACUGUUCAUCUCUGCUUCCAUUGUUACUCAUCUUCCUGGCUUUCAUGGUCCACUUCCCUUCCACAUUGAGACUGGAUAUGAUGGUGUGGAUGAAGUGCAGUUCUUUUAUUACUUCAUAGAGUCUGAGGGAAAUCCAGCCCAAGACCCUCUUCUUCUUUGGCGCACUGGUGGCCCUGGUUGCUCUGCUUUCUCUGCCCUCAUUAUUCAAAACGGUACUCUGAAGUUCAAGAUUGUGAAGUAUUAUAAUGGUAGCUUGCCAACACUUUUGUAUCAUCCUUUUUCUUGGACUAAGGUCUCAAAUAUGAUCUUCUUAGAUUCUCCUGUUGGAACUGGAUUCUCAUUCUCAAAUACUUCAGAGACAUAUGUUGAUGGUGGUGUCACUUCAUCCUUGAGAGUUCACAAGUUUAUCAGAAACUGGCUGAUUGAUCACCCAAAAUUCCUAUCUAAUCCUCUGUAUGUUGGUGGUGAUUCAUAUGCUGGCAAGGUUGUUCCAUUCAUCACUCACCUGAUAUCACAAGGCUCACCGUCAACCUCACCAUUAGCCAUGCCAUCGCCUUGGGUCUGGAGCUUCAAAAAAGUGAUUCGGUGGUUAAAAACUUCAUCUAUCUUCCUUUGUGCCUCCCUUGCUUGGUGAGCCGAUGAAAAUCAGACUUUUUAGCUUGGUGAGCGGCCCUCAAGUUCUUGUUGUCAGCCUAAUUUUCGCCAUCCAACCUUGUAAGCCUUUUGUUUGAAAUUUUUUUUUCUUGUUCUUGCCAAGCUUGUGGGUAAAAACAGAUGAUGCUAGCAUAUUAUAUUUUUUUUAGUUCUUCUUUGCUUUGCUAGUAAAGGAUAUUAGUUUGUAUUGAAUAGCAUGUGUCUUAUUUGUCUACUUGGCUAAUUGCUUAGUUUUGGUUAUACCCACAAGGUGUUUGUUGAAAUGUCAUUUCCUUUGGAACAUGAUUUUUGGCUAUGGUAUGGCUAAGUUAACUUGUGAUGAGAUGUUUAGUGUUAUAUAGAGUAGAAAGUGAGUCUUUAAAUUUUGGCAUGGGUUUUGAUCUAUGUUUUGGGUUGUGUUAAAUUAUUGUUUUGAGCUAUUAGAUUUUGAUUAUGCUUUUAGGGUUGUUCAAGAAGGAUUGAUCUUGUUUUCGAGUGGGAGUUAGAUUUUUGGGAUCUCCAGGUAAGUACACCACAUAUAAAUACGUACAUAUAUGUAUAUGCAAAUUUUUGGAUUUCCGAUAAACAUCUACAUAAUUAUUUAAUUACUUUGGGUUUUAUUGUAAAACCAUUCAUAAUAUUAUAUUUAAAUAAUAUGGAUUUUAAGAUACUGUAAUUAUCCUUGUUGGCAUAUGUAAGAUACUGUAAUAUUUAAAUUUCUGAUACAUAAGAACAUAUGCCAACAAUCUUACAUUUGCUACUAUAAAGGUAGGUAUGUGCCCCAAGGAAAAUAUCAUCCAUAAGAAUUUUUAAGCACAAAAUUAGGAAAAAUAAAUGCUAAAGAGGAGGUGGUUGUAUGUAUUUAUUCAUUCAGGGUGCUGGUCACACAAUUCCGGAGUAUAAGCCAAGGGAAAGUCUAGCUAUGGUUAAGAGAUGGCUUUCAUAUCAACCGCUCUAAGUUUUUUUAUGGCAUAUUUUUUAUCAAAUAAGAUCCAUUGGUUGUGUUUGUUUCUCUAUAUAUGUUGCAACAUGAGACUUGAGUUCUCUAAACAAUUUGUAUUUGUUGAA